AUGCAUCACCAUCAGAUGAGUGAGCUCUGUAAGCCUGAGGAAGACCAUCAGGACCCAAGGGAGAACCAGGAACUGGUGGCGGUGCAGCUGCUUGGCCAAUAUGAAGAUGAGGGCUCCAGCAGCCCAGAUAAGGAGGGGGCAAGCAGCAGGGAGGGCUCUGAAGAGGCCGAGUCCUCUCUCCAAGGUGCCCUAUGUUUGAAGAAGGCUUGCCUGGUGAUGUUCCUGCUCCUCAAGUAUUGUGCAAAGGAGCCGACCACAAAAGCAGAAAUGCUGAGUAAGGUCAUCAAAGAGCACCAGGACCACUUCCCUGAGAUCUUCAGCGCAGCCUCUGAGUGCAUGCAGCAGGUCUUUGGCAUUGAUGUGAAGGAAGUGGACCCCAGUGCCCACACCUAUGUCCUGGUUGCCACUUUGGGCCUCACCUAUGAUGGGAUGGUGGGCGAUGGGCACAGAUUUCCCAACACUGGCCUCCUGGUCACACUUCUGUGGCUUAUUGCCGCAGAGGGCGACUGUGCCUCUGAGGAGGAAGUCUGGAAAGCCCUGCAUGUCAGGGGUGUGCAUGACGGGAAGGAGCAUUGGCUCUAUGGGGAGCCCAGGGAGCUCCUCACCAAAGUUUGGGUGCAGGAACAGUACCUGGAGUACCGGCAGGUGCCCAACAGCAAUCCUGCUCGCUACCAGUUCCUGUGGGGCCCCAGGGCCCACGCUGAGACCACCAAGUUGAAAGUCCUGGAGUUUUUGCUCAGGGUUUAUAGAAGGGAUCCCAAUUCCAAUCUAUCCCUGUGUGAAGAGGCUCUGAGUGGUGAGGAAGAGGGGGGUCUGAGCCAAGUUACACCCAAGCACAUUCCAGGCCCUUGUCUGGCAGCUUCUCCUGCUGGACAUGAU